AUGUGCAGCUUCAAGGUCAUUGUGAUUACAAGGAAGGAAAUCCAAAAGAUGUUAAACUUGGACACAAAAAUGAAGCUGGAUUUUGUGUGCAUCAGUGACAACGUGGACAUGGGUACAGCAGACUCACUAAGGCAUAUUCACCAGAAAAUUAAGACUGAUGUCUUGGUGUUGAGCUGUGAUCUGAUCACAGAUGUUGAUUUAUAUAAAGUUGUGGAUCUUUUUCGGACACAUGAUGCUACUCUCUCCAUGUUGAUGAAGAAAACUCAUGAACCCACAGAAGUGGUACCAGGACAGAAAGGGAAAAAAAAGCCAGUGGAGCAGCGUGACUUCAUUGGAGUGGAUGACACAGGAAAAAGAUUGCUCUUCAUGGCUAAUGAAGCUGACUUGGAUGAAGAACUUGUCAUUAAAAGAUCCAUCCUUCAGAAGCACCCAAGAAUGCACAUCAGAACAGGGCUGAUGGAUGCCCACCUCUACUGUCUGAAGAAAUAUGUGGUAGACUUCCUUGUAGAAAACAGGACAAUCACAUCUCUCCGGAGUGAACUGAUUCCACAUCUGGUUAGGAAACAGUUCUCUUCUCCUACAUCAUUGCAGCAAGUACUAGACAAUAAAGAAGGCGACCAAAAGAAAAAAGAACAAGCAUCAUUAGACAUUUAUAGCUUCAUAAAGGAAGAUAAUAGCUUGCUGAAACCUGCUCCAGAUAACUCUUGUUGGAAUGAUCAUAGAGGAGAUAUGAAUGAAUCUCUCGAUGAAGGAAAACUGCGCUGCUACGUCCAUAUAAUGAAAGAGGGACUGUGCUACCGAGUGAAUACUCUUGGGUUGUAUAUUGAAGCUAACCGACAGGUUCCUAAGCUAUUGCUUAAUCUGGGUCUGGAAGAGCCACUGGUUCAUGGGUCUGCACAGAUCACUGACAGAGGCAUGGUUGGAUCAGACAGCAUCAUUGGGUCAUCCACACAAGUGGGGGAGAAGACAUCCAUUAAACACUCCAUCAUCGGCAGCAUGUGUACCAUAAAAGACAAAGUUAAGAUAACAAACUGCAUCAUCAUGAAUUCUGUUACAAUUGAGGAAGGGUGCUGUCUUCAGGGCAGUGUUAUUUGUCAUAACGCCGUGAUAGAGAAGGGUGCAGACAUCAAAGACUGUUUGAUUGGAAGCGAUCAGAGGCUGGAAACCAAAGCCAAACAUGUUAAUGAAGUCAUUGUGGGCACCGAACAGCUGAUGGAGAUAUAACCCAAGUAGGUUUUAAGGAUGAUUUUAUGGAAGCCAGCAGCAGAACCAGAUGUUCAAGCAUCGUAAGAUCAUCCGUACAGAUCAGUAUUGGCACGGUCUACCCUGUCAUUGCUCCUUUCCUGUUCAGCUUUAUAUUUAUGUCUCAAUAAAGAAGUAUUUACAGAGCGGU